AUGGAGGGCAGGAACAAGUGUGCUGCGUGUUUUCGGCAAUUCAACAAGAUGGAGCACCUGGUGGAACACAUGAGGAUUUCCUACCAUUCCGUCCAUGAGCCCAUGUGUGGGAUUUGCAGGAAGCACUGCCGCUCCUUCGAGUCCCUCCGCGAACAUCUCAUUGGGCCACUGCCAAAGGUGGACUGUGAAAGGAUUUUCAAGGAUAGGGGAUGUGACCUGUGCUUGACCAUCUUCAGUAGCAGGAACGCACUUUGGGCUCACAGGUCCACCUGCCAAUUUUCUCGACCCAACAACGCGAUCCUGUACCGCAUGGCCAGCUUAGGCAUUCAAGAUGAGCUGAGGAUUGAUAGUAGCCGAGGAAAGGCGGUUGCGCUUGCCUGCAAAAUGGUGGGCGGCGGCAGCGAUGGCUCCCUGGAUCUUUGCGCUAGGGUUUGCCUUGUUGAUGAGUAUGAAAGGAUCAUCUUCCACGCCUAUGUCAAGCCAACCCUUCCCGUCACCAAUUACAGGUAUGAAUCAACGGGAAUCAGGCCGGAAUUUCUAAGGGAUGCAAUGCCAUUGAAGCAGGUGUCAAGGAAGAUUCAAGAUUACCUAUGCAACGGGGAGCCAAUAUGGCAAAUCCGGUCUAGAAGUGGAAGGGCUAGGAUUCUUGUGGGCCAUGGCUUAGAUCAUGACCUCAAAUGCUUAGAACUCGAGUACCCUCCAAUGUUAAUCAGGGACACUGCAAAGUACCCUCCGCUGAUGAAAACAAGCAAACUCAGCAACUCCCUCAAGUACCUAACAAAAGCAUAUCUCGGAUAUGACACGCAGACAGGAAUACAAGAUCCGUACGAGGACUGUGUUGGGACUAUGAGGCUGUACACAAGAAUGAGAUCUCUAGCUCAUAGAACACAGGAUUACCCACUGGCAACAGAUCCUCAGAACAGAAAUAACUAUGCUUCUUGGAGGCAAACUGAGCUUGAGAGGAUGAGCCCAGAAAAUUUACUGGAACUCUCAAGGUCUGAUUACUAUUGCUGGUGCUUGGACUCCAAUUAGUUGGCUGGCAAUUCCAUGCAUAUAUAUGCAUUAUGACCUUUCAAAGAAGAACUGCGUGGAAUUUAUUAAAAUGGCACCAACAAGA